AUGUCUUCUCUCCUCCUGCAGUUCUUGAGACUGAUAUCAGCAUCCUGCGGCAGAAUACUCAGAAUCAUAUUCAAGCCUCUGAACUUCAUUCUUGAUUAUCUUCGGAAACGUCGUCUCAUCUCGAACCGGCGUUCUCUUGAAGAGCCCGGCUUUUGGAAGAAAGUAUGGAAUAUAGGCCAUUCAGCGGCGCUCAGUAUCAGCAAACCUUUCUUUGGAGAUGCAUCGCUUGAGAAGACCAACCCGAUCACAUCGGGAGAGUACCACGCCCCUCUUCAUGCGCUCAUUAUUGGCAUCGACGUCUACGACUCACAUCGCAUUGUACCACUGCGCGGCGCCGUUUCGGACGCUGACGCUAUAGAUGACUAUAUACGCAAAAGCCUGCACGUUCCAGACAAUCAAAUAGUGAAUCUGCGCAACAAGGCGGCGACACGACGCGCGAUCAUUCGAGAACUCGAGGCUCUGACGCGAAACCCGGCGAUCCAGAAAGACGAUCCCAUCCUCAUCUUCUUCGCCGGACAUGGUACAUCCGCCAAAGAACCUCCUGGAUGGGAUGGCGGCCACGAUAAGAUCUCCAUGCUCGUCUCUUACGACUGCUUCAGUCACGACGAGAAAGGCGAACCUGUCCUCCCCAUCCCGGACCGGACCCUCGGCGGCCUUUUACACGUAAUGGCGGAGGGAAAUAAGGAACGCGGUAUUGAGGGGAAGGGCAACAAUAUUACCGUGAUCUUCGACUGCUGCCACUCAGGCUCUGGGACGCGCGACCCCGAAUUCGCUCCGAUGUGUCUGGAGCGGGGCUUCGAGAUAGAAGAGGGAGGCUUAAUACCCCCCUCCUUGGACGAAGCUGUCUGGGGUAAGCUUCCAAAGGGUCGUGCUCUCAAAGUAGUAUCCGGCUUUGCACAGUUUGGGCUGAAUUCACACGUUCUUUUGGCCGCCUGCAAAGAGGACGAGAAGGCUCACGAAGAGAACCAUCGUGGCAAGUUCACCGGCGCGUUGCUCCAUGUUCUGCGCCAAGUUGAGGCCCAUAAGCUCUCUUACAAGGAGCUCAUGGAGCGCAUAACUGAAACCAUGAAGGAUCAGACCCCGCAAUGUGAAGGGCGCUACAUCAACCGACUCCUUUUCAACGCACUUGCCCCGAGCACGCCACGUGUGCUCUAUACAAUCACCCAGAACGGAGAGAAAUACACCAUCGACGCCGGCUCUGUACACGGCUUGACGAGUGGCGAUCAAUUCGCUAUCUAUGCUGACCGUGAUUUCACCUCUCAGGACGCCCCUCUGGCUACCAUGAUAGCCGAUGUCGUGGGUUCAUUCAGCGCCGCUCUUGUCUUCAUCUUGGAUGACCCUCCUGAACUUCCCAUACCUUGCUUUGCACUCCAAACCGGCACCGGGGAAGCGAAUGCGCUUCGCCUGUACAUGCCCCAGUCGACUGACACUCAUUCAGUCUUACACACUGUACGGGCUGAGCUGAGUGGGGCCAAAUAUUCCGCUAUUCUUCGUGACGAUGAGACGCAGGCCGACUUCAGCGUCUACGAAUCUGAUGGACACGUCGAGUUCUUUGUGAACGACUCCGUGAUCAAGUCAUUCGGUUUACAGAAGCUGUACCAAACCAUAGAUGCGGACAGUCGCUACGUACACACCAUCUUGCGCGCCGCGGCGCACUUCUUCCGCCACUUCAACCGGUCUCCGGAUCUCUCCUUACUCCGCGCCAACCUCUGCGUGGAGGUUCACGAGCUGAGGAGGGACGAGGAAGCAGAACUCGACUCUUACUUGCGCGUUCCGUACAAGACCUACGGGGAAAACCUGAACCAGGACAACAUCGUGAACGUCGUAGCCGACGAUCAAACCGCCUACGGAGUCACUAUAACUAGCAAAGUCCCACUGCCCCUUCACGUCUGGGCUUUCUACUUUGACUGUAGCGACCUAUCCAUCUCGGACUACUAUCAACCGCCGGCUGCUGGAUUUCGCGGCGAGGCUGGACUCCCUGCUCAAGGACAGCUUACGAUUGGCUAUGGGGCGGGAGGGGGACAACCCUUCAAGUACUACUUGCGACCGGAUCAAGGCAUGGACGUCGGCUUCAUCAAGCUCUUCAUCUCAACGAUGUCGGUCGAUCUCUCAAGCGUCGUGCAGCCCACGCCGUUUCUGAAUCUGGGAGCUGACGGACGGGGAAGUCGGGAAGUGCCAAUCCCGAUGGUCGAGGAUACCUGGGACACCAUCGUGAUUGCUGUGAUCCAACGUGGCACACCGAGACCCGACCGUAGUACUCGCUAUACUAUCUGA